CACUCGAACACUCCGCCAUCCCCGCUCCAAAACCCCCCACCCCGCCUCGCCGGAACCCUAACCCUAGCCCCGCCGCCGCCCCCUCCCUCCCGCCGCCAUGAGGGAGAUCCUCCACAUCCAGGGCGGCCAGUGCGGCAACCAGAUCGGGGCCAAGUUCUGGGAGGUGAUCUGCGACGAGCACGGCAUCGACCAGACGGGCAAGUACGCGGGCGACUCCGACCUCCAGCUCGAGCGGAUCAACGUCUACUACAACGAGGCCAGCGGCGGCCGCUACGUGCCCCGCGCCGUGCUCAUGGACCUCGAGCCCGGCACCAUGGACUCGCUCCGCUCCGGGCCCUACGGCCAGAUCUUCCGCCCCGACAACUUCGUCUUCGGCCAGUCCGGCGCCGGCAACAACUGGGCCAAGGGCCACUACACCGAGGGCGCCGAGCUCAUCGACUCCGUCCUCGACGUCGUCCGCAAGGAGGCCGAGAACUGCGACUGCCUCCAGGGAUUCCAGGUGUGCCACUCGCUGGGAGGAGGCACUGGCUCCGGAAUGGGUACCCUGCUCAUCUCCAAGAUCAGGGAGGAGUACCCUGACCGGAUGAUGAUGACAUUCUCGGUGUUCCCAUCGCCCAAGGUGUCUGACACUGUUGUGGAGCCAUACAAUGCUACCCUCUCUGUGCACCAGCUUGUUGAGAAUGCGGAUGAGUGCAUGGUUCUUGAUAACGAGGCUCUCUACGACAUCUGCUUCCGGACGCUCAAGCUUACCACUCCCACCUUCGGUGAUCUGAACCACCUUAUCUCUGCAACCAUGAGUGGUGUUACCUGCUGUCUCCGCUUCCCUGGUCAGCUGAAUUCAGACCUCCGGAAGCUUGCUGUGAACCUGAUCCCAUUCCCACGUCUGCACUUCUUCAUGGUUGGAUUCGCACCGCUAACCUCGCGGGGUUCACAGAUGUACCGUGCCCUCACUGUGCCCGAGCUCACCCAGCAGAUGUGGGACUCAAAGAACAUGAUGUGCGCCGCUGACCCAAGGCACGGCCGCUACCUCACCGCCUCAGCCAUGUUCCGUGGGAAGAUGAGCACCAAGGAGGUGGACGAGCAGAUGCUGAACGUGCAGAACAAGAACUCAUCAUACUUCGUUGAGUGGAUCCCCAACAACGUCAAGUCGAGUGUCUGCGACAUCCCGCCCACUGGCCUGAAGAUGUCUUCCACAUUUGUCGGCAACUCCACAUCGAUCCAGGAGAUGUUCCGGCGCGUCAGCGAGCAGUUCACCGCCAUGUUCAGGAGGAAGGCCUUCUUGCACUGGUACACGGGCGAGGGCAUGGACGAGAUGGAGUUCACCGAGGCCGAGAGCAACAUGAACGACCUGGUGGCCGAGUACCAGCAGUACCAGGACGCGACGGUCGAGGAGGAAGAGGACUAUGAGGAUGAGCAGGAGGACGAGGAGGCCGCCUAAGCCAUAUCUCCUCCCAUUCUUCCUAUGGAUAUGCCUUAUAUCGCUCGUGCUCGUGGUGCUGUUAGCUGAUGAUAGCUAGAUGCUAUUUUUUUUUCCAUUCUGAAUGUCGGUCGUGUUGCCUUGACAGACUUAUUUUUUCGUUAUGUGGACCUGUGGUCGUCGUGUAUGCUCAUGUCGUGAUGAGCAUUUGGUGUAAGGUUUGACUGUGACUGCUUGGUGUGUUAUUCAGUAGUGCUACUAGAUUGAAAACCUCUAUUCUGUGUCCAGUAUUUUUGGGUCAAGUUGCCAAAUAUGCUUCUGUCA